AUGGGAGCCGGCGGAGUAAUUCUUCGAUUCUUUAAUCUUGGUCUGCGCGUGCUGCAGUUCCUUGACAGUGCCGUCAUCCUCGGCAUCUUCUCAUACUAUCUGGCUGUUCUCUCCAGACACAACCACCAUAUUGAAACAUGGAUAAAGGCUGUUGAAGGUCUAGCAGGCGCAGCGACCCUCUACAGUCUGCUCGGCAUAAUCUUCACCUGCUGUCUUGGUGGCGUGGCGUUCUUCGCCUUCCUAGGUGUCGCCCUGGACCUGUGCUUCGUGGGCGCAAUGGUUGCGAUCGCCAUCUUGACCCGCAAGGGUGUGAGCCAAUGCACUGGCACGGUCGACACACCUCUAGGAUCAGGAAACGCCAACGACGACACCUUCUCCAAGGGUCUGACCUUCGGCAUGACCUGCAAGCUGGAGAAGGUGGUUUUCGCAGUCGCGAUCAUUGGAAUCUUCUUCUUCUUGGUCUCCAUCCUGUUCCAGGUCCUGCUGGCUCGCCACCACAAGCGCGAGAAGCGCUUCGGUCCGUCCCCCACCAACAACUAUACCCACGGCAGCCGCGGAGCAUUCUGGCGCCGCAACAAGAACAGCCCCGAUACUGUCGCCGGCGCUGAUACCCUCCCCGGCCACCCGACCCCGCAUGACGUCGAGAUGGGCGCGGGGCCCAAUAACGAGAAGAAGUGGUUCGGCUCCUGGGGUCGCAACAAGAACACCGCUACCAAUGGCGCUGCUCCUGUUCAGACCGGUAAUGGUUAUGGCUACGGUAACUCGGCCUACACUGGCAAUAUCUAA